AUGACCGUAGAGACUCUGCCGUACCAAAAUGGCGUCGUCUCCAACGGAGAUCUAGUCUCCACUAACCCUAACUCUACCGCUACCACCACGAAGAAAUCCAAAGAGAUCGAACGACGUCGUCGCAGACGCAAGCAGAAGAAGAAUAAGUCUCAGGUUCCUGAUGCUUACUCCGCCGCCGCCGCAAACGGAGACGACAGCGACGCCGCAAAUGAUGAUGGUGGUGAUGCCAAGGAGAACGCCGAUCCUCAACAGGUUGUGGAGCAAGUUGUCAUUGAGUAUGUCCCAGAAAAGGCAGAGUUAGAGGAUGGCAUGGAUGAGUUCAGGAAUAUCUUUGAGAAGUUCAAUUUCCUUCAAAGUGCUGGUUCUGAGGAGAAUGAUAAAAAGGAUGAAUCGGUAAAAAAUGCAGACUCCAAGAAGAAAGCUGACUCAGAUUCAGAAGAGGAAGAACAAGAUAGUGAACAAAAAGAGAAAGGCGUGUCAAACAAGAAGAAAAAGCUUCAAAGACGGAUGAAAAUUGCUGAUUUGAAACAGAUAUGCUCCAGACCCGAUGUAGUAGAGGUCUGGGAUGCAACUUCUGCAGACCCGAAGCUUUUAGUGUUUCUGAAGUCGUACAGAAAUACUGUUCCUGUGCCUAGACACUGGGGAGCGGCUGUGACAAUCAUGGAGCCCGGACUUUGUGACUGGGGGCUUAGAUAUUAUAUGAACCAUAAUGUCUUGCGAGACCAGGCAGCAGGAGUUCCUGCUGGCCCUGGUAUGUCAAGAGUCUCAGGUAAGCGUGGUAUUGAGAAGCAACCUUUUCAACUUCCUGAUUUUAUUGCUGCAACAGGAAUUGAGAAAAUUAGACAGGCUUACAUUGAAAAGGAAGAUGGUAAGAAGUUAAAACAAAAGCAACGUGAGCGUAUGCAGCCAAAGAUGGGCAAAAUGGAUAUUGACUAUCAGGUUCUCCAUGAUGCAUUUUUCAAGUAUCAGACGAAGCCAAAGCUGACCACGCUUGGUGACCUGUAUCACGAGGGGAAAGAAUUUGAGGUAAAGCUGAGGGAGAUGAAACCAGGCAGUCUUUCACAAGAACUUAAAGAAGCUCUGGGUAUGCCAGAGGGCGCACCUCCUCCCUGGCUUAUUAAUAUGCAGCGAUAUGGCCCUCCUCCAUCUUAUCCACAUCUAAAAAUUCCUGGACUUAAUGCUCCUAUUCCUCCUGGAGCUAGCUUUGGAUAUCAUGCUGGUGGCUGGGGCAAGCCUCCUGUUGAUGAAUAUGGGCGCCCUUUAUAUGGAGAUGUUUUUGGGGUUCAGAUACAAGAACAGCCAAACUAUGAGGAGGAGCCAGUUGAUAAGACCAAGCAUUGGGGUGAUUUGGAGGAAGAAGAGGAGGAAGAGGAGGAGGAGGAGGAAGAGGAGGAAGAGCUUGAUGAGGAGGAGUUGGAGGAUGGUGCUCAAUCAGUUGAUAGCCUUUCAAGCACACCAACUGGAGUCGAGACUCCUGAUGUUAUUGACCUUCGUAAGCAGCAGAGAAAGGAACCUGAGAGGCCUCUUUAUCAAGUUCUUGAAGAAAAACAAGAGAAGAUUGGUGCAGGGACUUUACUUGGAACGACACACACGUAUGUGGUCAACACAGGCACCCAGGACAAGACGGCAGCCAAAAGGGUUGAUCUACUUAGAGGUCAGAAAACAGAUAGAGUUGAUGUUACUCUACUACCUGAAGAAUUGGAAGUUAUGGAUAAUGUUUUACCUUCGAAAUAUGAGGAAGCAAGAGAGGAGGAGAAGCAACGUAGUCAACGAGAGGAUUUCAGUGACAUGGUUGCUGAGAAUGAGAAGAAGAGGAAGCGUAAGAUGCAGGAAAAGGAUGGGAAAUCAAAGAAAAAGGAUUUCAAAUUCUAA